AUGAAUGUUACAAAAAAACGCGGAAAGAAGCAAUUGAAACUCACCUUGGGUGGUGGAACCCACCCUCUUGCGCACCAAGGAGUCGAGAAUCCCGCUUUCGAUGGCUCUGGGAAGCAAUUGAUGAACAGAGGAGACGUGGAGCGGGAUGGAAAUGAGGGGGACCGACUGUUCGCUACAACAGUGUUGAUCCAGCAGGGCACGUGCCUGGCCCGCUAUCUUCGGCUUGACCUUCACCGCACCGUCACCAACGCUUCAUCCCGGAACACAUUUCAACGCGAUCUUGUUAACGCGAUGCUCGGAAGUACUCAAGGGGGUGGACUUUCGCAGAAUUGGGGACCUGGGCAAAGACACAGGCUGGCUCGGGUUUCGGGUCCGAUGCCCCAGUCUUCGACUCAAGCCGACUCAAGCGGGGUGAAGAAGACAAACGGCCCGGGAUACACAGGGCAGGAUGGAUUCACAAAUGGUUGA